AUGAAAAGGCAUCGCAGAAAGAAUGUUUGUAGUCAGCAUUCAAAUGAUUUAUGUGCAAAAAUAGAGCACAAAAAGAUAUCAUAUCAGGAGCUCCAGAGAGCAACAACUGACUUUUGUGAAGGCAACUUGCUUGGAGAAGGAAGCUAUGGUUCUGUAUACCAACGCGCCAUAGAAAUCUUGUUAGAGUCGGUGAGUAUCAUGAUUGAUGUGGCAUUAGCUUUGGAAUAUCUCCAUGAUGGUCAAUCAGAGCCUGUGGUUCACUGUGAUUUGAAACCUAGCAAUGUCCUUCUAGACGAAGAUAUGAUUGCAUAUGUUGCUGACUUUGGUAUUGCAAAAAUUUUAGCCGAAACCAAGACUGCAACAGAAACCAACACUUUAGGCACACUUGGCUACAUUGCACCGGAGUAUGGCUCUGAAGGAAGAGUGUCGACAACCGGUGAUAUAUAUAGUUAUGGGAUAAUGCUUUUGGAGACAUUUACAAGAAAGAAACCAACGGAGGAAAUGUUCACCGACGAGAGGAGUUUAAGGCAAUGGGUGAGCACAUGGCUUCCUGAUGAAGUUAUGGAAGUAGUGGAUAGUGGAUUAUUGAGGACACAAAAUGAAGGAGACAUGGUUGCUACCCAAAGCAAUCUUAUUACUAUUUUGGAGUUGGGUUUGGAGUGUAGCACAGAAUUAGUGGCAGAGAGAAUUCAAAUUAAAGAAGUACUUGGCAAGUUGAACAAGAUCAAAAGGCAACUCCUUCAAAACCAAAGUGUUUGA